AUGGUAGAUCAACCGACCCCCUCGCCUGUCAUGUCACAUUUGCUCAAUGAGGAUCCAAAGGAUGAUUACUCUGACCCCAUGCAAUUCACAGUCAGGUCCCCUAAGCUCAUCAGGAAGCAGACAGAUACAGUAUAUUCAAACCGCAGUUCGCUGCGAAUUGUUCGAAGCCUCCGAAGAGAUUCUGGAAUUCUUUCACCCGAGGUUUACUACUACGAACCCGUAGAGGAGGAUGAAUUUGGUAAGAGCGAGAAGUUAGUAAAAGUGACGGAUCACUCGUUUUAA